AUGGGCGAGCUAUUUCAAGGAGCUGCUAAAUCGUCCACCACCGAACAGAAGACUCCACCAUCUGGGGAAGAUAGGAGAGGAACCGCAGGCAAAGUUUUUGGGAAAAUCCUCCUGAACUGGAUACGAGAUCCGCUAGAGAAGAAACUCUGUGAAAACCAGGGAGGCUUCCGAAGUGGUAGAGGCUGCGUAGACAUGAUAUUCUCACUGCGAUUGUUUAUGGAAAAGUGCUUAGAAUACCAACUGCCAGCACUUGCCGUAUUUGUAGAUUUCAAGGCGGCCUUUUACAGUGUUCAUAAACCCUCCAUGUGGCAUAUCCUACAGGACUAUGGAGUACCAGACAAGUACAUUCGGCUAAUCCAAUGUGUGUACAGGGACUGCCAGGCAUCUGUCAUUGUAGAUGGUUAG